AUGGCCAGCAAGCAAGCACCUGCCUAUCCAGGCCUCAACAGAAUGCCGCACAGUACACUAGUGGGUUUUACAGCAGAGCAGACCAAGUUGUCUUACUGCUGGUACCGGUACGUGGCCGGGCGGAUGUGGGAUCCCGAGGACCCGCCGUUCAACCGGAUGGCGGAAGCCUGGGGCCGGAGGCUUGUGAACGGGGGCGUGCGCAUCUUGCAUUGGCGCCUGCUGCCGGGUCUUUUCUUCAAGUUCGAAACGCGUGAGAAGAAGAAAUGGGGGCGCAGGGCGCCCCUAUGGCUUGCGCUAUAG